CGCUUUUGCUUGCCAGUGCGGUGCGGUGUGUCAAGUCAAAAAUAUUACAUUCUGCUCGACGUCAGCGGUCGUGGGGAAAAUUUUUUCAUUUCCCAUCAAAAUAAUAAGGGUCGUGUUGAUUUGCGUGAAGGCAAACGGGAGGAGGAAUGGCUCAAUGGAAGGACCAGCUAAAGUUUGAUAUCGAGUGGGGCCAUGAACGACUGGUCCGGGCCCAACAGACGGUGGAGGUGCGUCCGUUCGAUGUGGAAUCCUGGUCGGUGCUGGUCCGCGAAGGACAAAGCCGGAACAUCAACGAAGUACGCUCGCUGUACGAAUCGUUGGUGAGUGUUUUCCCAACGACGGCCCGUUAUUGGAAAAUCUACAUCGAACAGGAAAUGAAGUACCGGAACUACGAACGGGUUGAGAAACUUUUUCAGCGCUGCUUGGUAAAAAUUUUGAACAUCGAUUUGUGGAAGCUGUAUUUGACUUAUGUGAAGGAAACGAAAGCCGGGUUGAGCACCCAUAAAGAAAAAUUGGCCCAAGCCUAUGAUUUUGCGCUGGAAAAGAUCGGAAUGGAUUUGCAUUCGUAUUCAAUUUGGCAGGAUUAUAUUUCGUUUCUAAAGAGUGUUGAAGCAGUGGGAAGUUAUGCGGAGAACCAGAAAAUUACCGCAGUUAGAAAAGUCUAUCAGCGAGCGGUAAUAACUCCAAUCAUAGGAAUAGAACAUCUGUGGAAGGAAUACAUUAUGUUUGAGCAAAAUAUAAACCCUAUUAUUUCGGAAAAAAUGAGUUUAGAACGAUCGAGAGACUACAUGAAUGCACGCCGUGUAGCGAAGGAGUUGGAAAUUGUGACAAAAGGGCUGAAUCGCAAUCUUCCCGCUGUACCACCGAUGGCUACUAAAGAGGAACAAAAGCAAGUCGAAUUGUGGAAGAAGUAUAUCAAUUUCGAAAGGUCCAACCCCCUUAGAAGCGAGGAUACGGCUUUAGUCACCCGCCGGGUGAUGUUUGCUACAGAACAAUGCCUUCUGGUUUUGACUCAUCAUCCCGCUGUUUGGCAUCAAGCUGCCCAAUAUUUGGACCAGAGUUCUAAACAACUAAUCGACAAAGGGGACCUAAAUGCCGCAAAGGUAUUUGCCGAUGAAGCUGCCAACAUUCUGGAAAGAGCUAUCAGCAGUGUCCUUAGCAGGAAUGCCUUGCUCUAUUUUGCCUAUGCCGAUUUUGAAGAAGGAAGACUCAAGUAUGAGAAAGUGCAUCAGAUGUACAAUAAAUUUCUGUCCAUUCCAGAUAUAGACCCGACUUUGGCUUACAUUCAGUAUAUGAAGUUUGCCCGUCGUGCGGAGGGUAUCAUUUCGGCAAGAGCCAUUUUCAAGAAAGCUCGUGAAGAUGUUCGUUCAACGUAUCAUGUUUUUGUAGCAGCCGCUUUGAUGGAGUAUUACUGCACGAAGGACAAAGAUAUUGCAUUUCGCAUAUUCGAAUUGGGCCUGAAACGCUUCGGUGGAAGUCCGGAAUAUGUCAUGUGUUACAUCGAUUAUCUGUCGCAUCUCAACGAAGACAACAAUACUCGGGUGCUGUUUGAAAGAGUACUUUCUUCUGGUGGGCUGACACCGCAACUAUCAGUAGAGGUUUGGAACCGUUUUCUGGAGUUCGAAUCCAACAUAGGCGAUUUGUCCAGUAUUGUUAAAGUCGAACGCAGAAGAAGUGCAGUUUUAGAAAAACUUAAAGAAUUCGAAGGCAAAGAAACAGCCCAACUAGUAGAUCGCUACAAGUUUCUUAAUCUUUAUCCUUGUUCAACUGCCGAAUUAAAAUCGAUUGGUUACACUGAAACCAAUGGCGUUUUGAAUUCAUUUACUACUAAACUCCCGACAACGGUGGAAAACGCGGAAGCACCCAACCAAAUUCCACGUCCAGAUUUUGCUCAAAUGAUUCCGUACAAACCGAAGCCCAACGCCUAUCCAGGGGAGCAUCCUUUGGAUGGUGGUUGCUUCCCACAACCGCCGGCUGCAUCGUAUCUGUGUUCGAUUCUACCGCCACCGAUUUGCUUCCAAGGGCCGUUCGUUUCGAUUGAGAAGUUGGCCGAUCUGUUUAGCCGAAUUGUGCUGCCCGAUAUUACGAUCACUCCCAGCGGAGCUGGAGAGAACGGCAACAGCAUCAAACUGUUCGAUCUGGCCAAAGCAGUACAUUGGAUUGUGGACGACAGUACGUACUCCGGCGAGGGAGGCCUUAAGCGAAGGCGAAUGGCACCGGGCGGUGAUGACAGUGACGAGGAAACCACCAUGUCCGCUCCACCGGCCAACGAUGUGUACCGUUUGCGGCAGCAGAAAAGAUUCAAUCGGUAAACUGCUUGCGUAUAUCAUCGGGAGUCAGUGUGACACAGUAUAUACAUAGAUAUAAGGCAAAUUUUUCGAUAUAUCAAUAUUUAG